CCGUGCAAGUGUCCAGCCGGAGCUGCCAGUGCCUCCCGGGCUUCCAAUGGGGAGAGAGCGUCUGCAAGCAGCUCCCGGCCUGCGGGGGUCUCUUGGGGGCAGUGGUGUCUCUGGUCACCGCCUGCGACUGCCUCAGUUUCCCUGCCGGGAGCACCGGGUACUGCUUGCCUCCGUUGCAGGCCGCCAAAGCUUCGGAAACCACAACGCUGCCCCCGAAAACCGCCUCCGGGGAGGAAGUGGGUCUCUCCUUCCAGGUGGGCGAAGGAGCCACGGACGUGAAGCUCUACCUGCUGCGCCCCGAAUGGAACGGAGAAGCCAAGGAGGUCCGCAACGGGACGGCGGUGGUUCUGGAACUGAACGGAUCAGAGGCUGCACUGAGGGUCUCCCCGCUCUCCCCAGACUGGGAAGGUCCUGCCACCCCCUCUGUCUCACCUCAGAAUAGUUCACCUUGCUAUAGACAUCCAGUCACACACAGGGGAAAGUCUUUUGUAGUUUUAUUGAGCAAAAGCAGAUAUAAAUCAAAGCAGGCAGUAAUAAGCUUUUCAAGAUUGCAGUACAAGAGUUAAUAGAAAUCCAAUAGUUCAUAAGCCAUAAAAAUCCACAAGUCCAUAGGCCAUAACAAUCCAAUAAUUUGUCAUUUAACGAAUAAAUGACAAAGACGACCCAGACUGUUAUAUGGAUAAAGUAGGAGGAUAUUGGACGAACGGAUUUUAAGCAUAUGUUUUAUAUUUUAUACUGUAUUUAAUUGGUUGUAAUAUAUUUUUAUAUGUUGUUGUUUUUAAUGAUGUGUCGGCAUCGAAGUGUUGCCAAUUGCACGCCGCCUUGAGUCCCUUCGAGUGAGAAGGGCGGGAUAGAAAUAUUGGAAAUAAAUAAAUAAAUAAAAUAAUUCCUAAGCCAAAACAGUAGACGAUAGAUCCCAAAGAACAAAGGCCGAAAGGUUUCAAAGAUCCAGGAACAGGAAUCUUCUCUCAGGCAUGAAGCAGGAACAUCCACUCCGAUGAAGCAAGAAUUUGCUUUGACAAAAAUCUAUCUCAAAACACACACUUUUAAAAGCAACCCAAAAAUGCAUUUCUCUUUCCUGUGGAGGCCUCCCCCGCCAAUCUUACACUCCUACGAGGCUGAACUCCCUUCCAUAACAACCGGUCCGCCUUAGAUAAUUCAAGGUCCUCGUUAUCUUGCACCUGAACCGGGGCUGAAGACACUGGGGCUUGAGACAUCUCUUGCGCAUUAAUUCCCAUGGGAAUGUCAUACUGGCUGUUAUCUAUGGCCAGCUGGGUCAACAGUUCAUUCUGCUCAAGCUGCAUUUCUCGAGCCUCUGAAUCAGCCUGUAUCAUUCCCAUUCCUAUGCCAUCAUCCUGAAAUUCAUCCUGCAUCCCAUCAUCUGGCUCUUGUAUCUGAAACCCAGAAUCCCCUUCUUCAUCCUCACUCUGGCUAUGCUGUGGCUGAGUCACAACACUCUCCCCACUC